AUGUCUCUCAAACCGAUCACACUCUGGGGCCACGCCGGCGGACCCAACCCCUGGAAGGUCGUGAUGAUCAUGGAAGAGCUUAACAUUCCCCAUGAGCACAAGUUCCUCGACCUUUCCGAAGUGAAGAAAGAGCCGUUCGUGUCUGUAAACCCUAACGGCCGCGUUCCCGCCAUCGAGGACCCCAACACGGGCAUCUCCCUCUGGGAAUCAGGCGCCAUUCUCGAGUACCUCGUGGAAACAUACGACAAGAAACACACUAUUAGCUUCGCCGCCGGCUCGAAGGAGUACUACGAAACCAAGCAGUGGCUCCACUACCAGAUGUCCGGCCAGGGACCGUACUUUGGACAGGCCGUGUGGUUCACGCGUUACCACGCCGAGAAGGUCCCUAGUGCGAUCGAGCGCUAUGUCAAUGAGAUCCGUCGUGUUUCGGGCGUGCUCAACGGCGUUCUCGAGAACAAGGAGUACCUCGUCGGCGGUAAGUUCAGCUAUGUCGACGCCGCUUUUGUGCCGUGGUUCGGAGUGGCUGCGCUCUGGCCGGACAAGAUUAACCUAGAGACGGACUUCCCGCAUGUCAAUGCCUGGUUGAACCGUCUCAAGGCUCGGCCAGCUAUUGCUAAGGCCCUCGAUGACAAGACUAAAGCCAUGGCUGCGGCGGGACACUAA